AAUUCAGCCCAGAAGAAAGUAAAUGUGAAGGUUCGUAACUUUCUGAAUGAUCUUCCAGUGCAACUUCCAGCUUUCUUCAUAAAUUCACAACUUUGGAAUCAUUGUCUUGAAAGAGUUUUCGCUCACGGAGUCUGCGAAAUCGAGUACGAAUAACUGCCACGAGGAAGAAGAAUUUGCAAAGCGACUUUAGUGGUAUCAUCUUGUAGCACGGUUUUUGGUCGAAGCAAGUGAUUGAAUCGGGUGUCUUAAACAUUUGAUCCUUAUCGUCAUACCUCAUACACACAAUCCGCACACAGAAUCUUAUUCCAUUCAAGAUGUCGAGUCAACCACUUCUUCAAACUGCGCCUGGAAAACGCAUCGCCCUCCCCACGCGCGUCGAGCCCAAAGUCUUCUUCGCCAACGAGCGCACCUUUCUCUCCUGGCUCAACUUCACCGUUAUCCUCGGCGCCCUCGCAAUCGGCAUGUUGAAUUUUGGCGAUCGUCCUGCCUUUAUCUCCGCUUCCAUCUUCACAGUCAUCUCUAUGUUGACAAUGGGAUAUGCGUUAUAUACUUAUCACUGGCGUGCGAAGAGUAUUAGAUUGAGAGGACAGGGAGGAUUUGAUGAUCGGGUUGGUCCGACUGUGUUGGCUUUGGUGUUGUUGAUGGCAGUUGUGGUGAACUUUAUUUUGAGAAUUGUCUAUGGGAGGGAUUGAAUAGGAGUAGAACAGAGAAAGAUGGAGGGGAAAUGAGGAAUAUGAGAAGGGGAGGGCUUGUGGUUGUGAUUGUGAUUGUGCUUGGAAAGGGGAUAGAUAGUGAAGGAUGUGAGCAAGCGAGAAUACGGGGAAGACAAUGGGAUGAGAUUCGAGGACAUAUUACUGAUGAAGGAGAACGUCGCAUUGGUGAACGAUACAUAAUUACCACUUCCAGACCUGCAGCAGAUCAACUGCAUGUAUGUAUAUUGGACUUUCGCAGGAAAAUGUAGUUAGUCAUUGAACUGAGAGCGAGCUUGUUUAGAUUGGGAAAGCCGGGUGUAAUUAUAUCACUAAAUAGUGAUCACUAGUCGUAGCUAGUUGUAGCUGGCA